UUCUCGGUGGUGCCUGCAAUUGUUUGGCAAUGCCCUUUUCUCUCAUAGGAAGAACUUGCAGACAGUAGCGGGGGAACAAGCGGGGGAAGGAUGCAUUUAAAGCUGGAUGUGUGCUGCAUUCAGGGAGAUUCGGCAAUAAUAGCAGCUCUAGCAGAAACAGCGAGUGCGGAGGGCCUGGGAAGCACCCAGCCCCACUAUCUCCUCCUUUUCCUCCCCCCCUGCAGGACCAUGCUUGCGUGAGGGAUGAGGCUGUGCACAGGGACACCAGGCCAGAGCUGCGGCCUACUUCUCACAAGAGCCGGUCUCUCGACUGCAAGAUCUGUGAACACAUUGCCACCAUCAAAUCAGCAUCUUUGGUCAUCAGGUAGAUCCAGGAGCAUGAGCAGGACUUUGAGCUGCGGGAGCAGAUGUCUGGGUAUAAGCGCAUGCGGCGGCAGCACCAGAAGCAGCUGAUCGCCCUGGAGAACAGGCUAAAGGCCGAGAUGGAUGAGCAUAGGCUCCGGCUGCAGAAGGAAUUAGAGACACAAGCGAACAACACUUACAUUGAGCUGGAAAGACUGGCCAAACGCCACGCUGCUCAAACUGACAAAGAGAUAAAGUCAGUUGCAGCUGAGGAGAGGAGGAUCCAGCAACAGAUUGUUGCUCAGCAAAAGAAAGAGCUGACUACUUUCUUAGAGAAUCAAAAAAAGGAGUACAGGCUUUGCAAAGACAAGAUCAAAGAAGAGAUGAGUGAAGACCCUUGUACACCCAAGGAGGAGAAGCAGGAGCGUCUGUCCAGGCACAAAGAAACAAUACAGCGCUCUCAGGCUGAGGAGGAAGCUCAUUUACUGGCCCAGCAGAGGCUGGUCUACGACCGCAGCUGCAGGGCCCUCAAACGCCGGAGUCUGGUCAGAAAGCACGAGUUCGAACAGGAGCAACUCAGAGAGGAGCUGAACAAGAAGAGGACCCAGAAGGAGAUGGAACAUGCCCUGAUGAUCCGGCAGGACGAGUCCACCCAGGACAUGGAGCGAAGGCAGCUGCAGAUGCUACAAAAGCUCCGUAUUGAACUCAUGAAGCUGCAGCACCAGACAGAGCUGGAAAACCAGGAGGAGUACAACGGCCGGCGGCAGAGAGAACUACACAGGAAACACACUCUGGAGCAGCGGCAGCAGCCCAGAAACCUCAAGACGCUGGAGAUGCAGAUCAAGAAACAGUUCCAGGACACUUGCAAGGUGCAGAACAAGCAGUACAAAGCUCUUAGGAACCAUCAGCUGGAGGUUUCUCCCAAAGGCGACCACAAGACCAUCCUGAAGAGCCUGAAAGAGGAGCAGACACGCAAGCUGGCCAUACUGGCUGAGCAGUAUGAGCAGAGCAUCAACGAGAUGAUGGCUUCACAAGCGAUGCGAUUAGACGCAGAGCAGGAAACAGAGUGCCAAGCUCUGAAGCAGCAGCUGAAGCAAGAGAUGGAGCUCCUGGACGCCUACCAGAGAAAAACCAAGUCGCAGAUGGAGACCCAACACGAGCGUGAGCAGCAGAAACUUGAGCAGAAGGUCUCCAUACGCAGAGCGCACCUUGAGCAGAAGAUUGAAGAGGAGCUGGCUGCACUUCAGAAGGAGCGCACCGAAAAGAUCAAGCACUUGUUGGAACGCCAGGACAGAGAAAUUAACACUUUUGACACAGAAAGUAGAAGCCUCGGCUUUGGAAGCCUGGGAUCUCUGGACUUCCCCAAAGAAGACAACAGAUGA